AUGGUCAAAGCAAUCAGAGGCACGCUCGUCAAGUGCGACGCAUCCAUCAAAGCCAUGCUGGUCGACAUUGACAGCAAGAACAACAACGAAUACAUCAUCGAAGAGCUCGACGAGGAGCACAUAUUAGUCAAGGAAACGCGUAUCAACGAGCUCAAAGCGCGUUUGAACCAGAUGAUGAGGGAGCGCCUAAAGGAGCCAGAGAGUUCAGACUCGGAGUAG